GAUAAUGACCUCGAAUCAUUUGCAUUUUUCCUCAAUUUAUCCAAUUGCCAAAAUUAAAAUGCGAAUAACUCAAUUGAUUUCGCUGUGUGACUCCGGUAACAACAAAAAAGAGCUCAUUUUGACGUUAACACCCACGAUGAACAAAUUUCCGUGAAUAUUAUUAUGGUUGGUGGGUUAACCCGUAAACUGGCAAAGGCGAGACUUUCAAAAAUUUAUAUAUAGGGGAGGACGGGGUAAUUUGGCCACUUUGGCGGUUUUAGGGAUAUUUCAAGCAAGUAUGGUAGUAUGAAGAAAACCGAAUAACCCUAUUUUGUAGGAAAUGUUCCGGCCUACAACUUUCCCAUAUAACACUUUUCUCUAUCUCGAUGAGAAAUGGGUGAAUUUUCCAUUCUCCUGGACCCUUAGCUUAGUGGCCAAAUUACCCCGAGCACGGGUAAUUUGGACACUUUAGCGCACAAAUUAUUAAACAUGAAAAUUUUUGAACAAUAAAAAAAUUUUAUUUUUUCGAUUAUUUUUUUCGAAGAUAGGUUAUUUAUCUAAGAUUCAUUUCCAGUAAUUUGCCAGAUAAAAAUAUUUAACAGAACCUCAAACUUUAACAUUUUCUGAACCAUAAACGGGAAAAGUCUAAAAAAGGCCAUUUUUCAAAUUAUCGCAAAUUUCUUUUUUUAGAUAAAAUUUUUUAUCCUACUUUGCUUAUAAUCUGUAAGAAAACAUUAAAAGGCACAACCACAAUAAAUAUCUUAAAUGUGCGUCGGAAAAUGUGCCGGAAAAACUCAAGUGGCCAAAUUACCCCACUCCAAUUUUCCGGAUAAAACCAUUUCCACAGGAAAAUCUGUUUGUGAUAUCGGAAAAUGGAUGUCACUAUCGUGUUUAUGAUGGAUCAAUGACCCUUAAUGGCUUAAAAGUUAAUUUUUAAGUGUUAAAAAUUUUUCGAAAAUGACGUAGAUUCAAAAUGCCAAAAGCACUUGAAAAAGUGAAAAAAUGAUUUUUAUCAAAUAAAAGAAAAUCUAAUGAUCGGAUUUUCCUCAAACUUGGUACGAUUGAUUAUCUCUAUGGGGAGUAUAAACUGUGGAGAAAUGGAUUUUCUAGCAUUUACCAUACUUGAGAUAUUCCCAUUAAUGACUUUGCCAAAGUGGCCAAAUUACCCCGUCUUCCCCUAGAGCAUUUCUAUGUGAUGGAAAAACGCGAGAAUGAAUUUUUAUUAUUCAUACCACAUAGCAGACAUUUAUUUAGAAAACUUCUACCGUACAUUCGGCUCAAGAUGGUUACGUCCUUUUUUUUCCUCAUUGGUUGGGUGGCGAUUUAUAUCACCCACAGGGGAAUUAGGUCACUGUUGCAUCGUUUCCAGUAUGACUGACCUCAGCAAAUUGUAACGUGUACUCCCUCAAAAUCAUCCCUCAUGCUAUUAGAUGAGAACACAAUGCCCAAGCAGCGAAGCAUGAAGAUUUUAGGGCCAUAUUGAGGUGUAUAGAAAGUUGCACCAUCACCAAUAUAUUGGUUCCUUUUAUGCUCAAGUUGUCUGAAUUUUAGUGUGAAUGACCAUCAAUAAAGACAGCAUCACCCCAGAAUCACCACGUGAGGUAUCGGUGCUUUUUUUUCAAGUUUCUCUCUACUAAAAGACGAAAGGGCACAGACACUAUAAUCCCUUUGGGAGGGAUUUUUUAUGUCAUAUCAGUCCCUAUCCUAUUGAACUCUCCCUCUAGUCAAUUAAGUGGAUUUGGGUAAAUGGCAACGAAUUGAGUCAAAUUGACAAGUGAGGGUGGAAAGAUUUUUCCAGUCGUUUCGGUAUUGAUAUAAUGUAUAUACUUCAUAACGUUUUAGAUAUUGAUCUAUUGAUAAGUUGGCUGCGGAAGAAAGAAAUAGAAAAAAAAAGUCCUAGUGUAGUUUGAGUAUAAAGAUAUAAGGUGAAAUUGACUACUAAGAUCGGUUUAAUCCGUUUUUAGACCAUACUAUAGUUUUUAGGGCGGACUUAAGUUUUUGACCAUGUUAAGUAUUAAGGUUAAGAUAGACUAAAUCGAGACUAAACGUAUUUCUGAAUGAUUUUUACGAAUUAAGAGGCCGACGACUAGACGUCUUCAAUAUUAAAAAAAAAACAACUAAAAUUUCAUUCAAUCUCGUUUCUCAGCAGAAUCCUUAAACCUCAAAAUUAAACCUAAAAAAACUUAGGCUUGCCAUAAACCCUAAAUUAUGGUUAAAAAAGCAGCUUAGCAGAAUUUAAAAAAGAAAAGUCUGGUUUGAGAAAAGUAAGGCCUAGCCUAAAGAAUUUAAGUCCAGCUAGAGAGAAACUUGGGCCUGGUUUUUGGUUAAAUGUUCAAAUACCCAUUAAUGCGUUGAGACGCGUUAUCUAAUCCUCUGGCCUAAUCAUACAAUUUCAAAAGCCAGAUCCUUAAAGAAUUUUAACCCACCUUAAAAGAAUUAAGUUUGGCUUAAAAAAUACAGGUUUUUUUUUAAAACUUAAGCAUAACCUAAAAAAACUUAGGUCUAAUACAACUAAAGUCGUAAUUAAAAUAUGGUGACGUUUAGUUCAGUUUUAUGAAGCCAAAAUAAAACGAAUAAUAAAAAAAUUGUCACAAAUUAUUUAUGAAAAAAUAUCUUAUGUGUUUUUAAUAAAUUUUUAAUAGAUUUAUCAUUUGAUAAUUUAGGUCUCUUGGCAAACAAAAGCAAAUUAAAAUGUAUCUUCUUUCUGUUUGAUUAAAUAAUUGGUGUUACUACGUCAACAGCAAAGAAAUUUCAUUGCUAUAUAGCAAUUGAUGUCAUCAUAAUCAAUAAACAAGACAGAAUUGGAAGGAAAAGAAAAAAAAAAACAAAAUAAUAGCAUUGUUAUUAUAUGAAACUUUGCAUUAACGGAUAAAGAAUUUAGGUUGAAGGAAAAACGUGAAUGUCAGAGGUUAUUCAAUAUGGCUCUUCACGCAUCAUUUUCUUCUCUAUAUCUGUCGUAAUUUUUUUUAUUUCAUUUUAUUUCUCUAAACCCAUAAUUACAAUAUAUUGUAUGUAUAUUGCAUGUAUGUAAAUUCUUCAAAAAACGCCCUAGAGUGUCUUCUCUCAAAAUGCAUUAUGUUUAUAAAUAGAGAAAUUUCUCCAUAAACAUCCAUGCGAGAGAAGUUCGUGAUUUGAGGUCUUCCUGAUGGGAGAAAAUUACAAGAAUAACCUACAAUAAUUUCUCCUCCCGCCGUAGAUUGCAAUCUCACUCCGUGUUUUGAUUGAUGCAUGAAAUUCAAUUCCUCACAGCGCCAAUAAUUAAUUCUAUGGGUUUUUAAUUCAUUCCAAUGUCUUAAAUAAUACUUCAAUGAACUUUUUAUUGAUUACCCAAUAGAUGUUGAAUGAGAAAGAAUUGCAGGCAGAGGGUGUUCCAUGAAUAAAGUUUCUUUCCGUGUUGGUACGAAGUUAUACAUCAGAUAGAGAAGAAAAUUUGUUAACUUUUCGUUGGAUUGUAAUGAGAAUGUCACACGAGGUCGUCUUUUCCGUUUUAUUUCUUCUCCUAAGACAAGUAUAUUGUAUUGUGCAGUGCAGCUAUAAGUUGCGGGAGAAUUCUAUUUGUAGUUUAAUUUAAAAUUUAAUUUAUGAAUUGAGAGCAUUCUCUGGUGUUUGAGAAGAAUACAUAAGUCGUCUUACACUGCGUUCAGUGUUUUCUUCAAACUUUAUGGUAUUUUUAUUAAUAUAUGUUUGGUUAUUUAUUGACAGUUUAAUUAAAUCGAUAUUUAUGCCAAAUCAUCCAUUUCGUUUUGCAUGAAUACUGAAUAUAGUUCGUUGUAUAUGGCACUCACUGUAUGUAAAUGAAGACUUUUUAAUUUGAAAAGAAAACUCAUUAAAAACAUAUCUCUUAAUUUUCCUUUGAAAAAAAUUAAGGAUAUUUAAAAACCAUCAUUCGUGUAAUUUUUUGUAUCUACUCUUCAACUUCUUCCUAAGUAAUCUCAAAUGUUUUUCCUAAUAUAGUUAGAAGAAUGGAUAAAAUUCAAAACCUUGCAGAUAAUAUUUUUUUAUGUACAUAGUAUUUAAGAAACAUAAGAAAAGAAGGUCAACGCACCUCAUAAAAACAAUCCAUAGCUAUAAAAUCUAUCAACGUGUUUGACGUUUGCAUAAAUAAUCAAAAGAUUGAAAAAAAAGCACGUGAAGAAUGACCUCAAACAAUAAUGACGUCACGAUGCAUUGGGCAUUUCCAAAAUAGCACUAUGGUGCUGAGACGUUCAGGUAAAGAGGUCUGCGUUUGGGAGACGUAUACGCAUUUAUUUACAUCAUAUUCUCUGCACACGACGCUGAACUCAGAAACUGGUUUGGGAACUUUAUUAAUAAUUUUAGCUUUGAUUUUUCUUACCUGUUUUCCAAUGUAAAAUGCCAUGGAUACUUUUGUAUCAAUGCGAAGCUCUUCAGUAGUGAUUUGGACGCAGCCAUUUAACAUCAUAUUUGUGCCAAAUUGAAGAUUUUUGUGUGAAUUUCAAUGAUUUUAGUGAAGUUUUUAGUCAUUUUUAGUGCUUUUCAAAUUGCAAUUGCACAGAGGUACAAUGUUUGUGGUGAUUCGGGACUGAGACUUGUGUAUAUGGAUGGAGAAUUGGGAUGGGUUGGCAUUGGUUGGGCAUGGACUCAGGAUAUGGGACAACUACGCAAGGUUGAUUUGGAUUUAGAGUAUGAAUCAUCAAUAGAACCUGAUCCCAAUAAUUUAGGAAAACUACAAAUUUUGAAUAUGAUACCACUGAAUGAUCCGAAAAAUGAAAAGUUCUUAAAUAUGGUUUAUGAAUUUAACCUUGCGUCUCAGGAACAAAUUCCAGAUAUUACGAAAAUAGUUUGGAAAGGUGUAACGCUCUGUGAUCUAAAUGUAACAAAACCAUAUUUGGUUAAAAUGCACGCUGAGUACAAUUACUACACAAAGGAAAGAACGCUAACGACCGAAGUAGUUAAUAGGUUUAAAUCGAAACCAACAGUUGCGCCUGUUCAAUUGAUAGCUAGUACAGAAGACUAUGAUGAUAGUGAAACGGUUGGAUGUGGUAAAGUAGACACAACAAACAUUUAUGUGCCAUUAGUUCUUGAAGGGCAGACUAUAGAAAGAGGACAAUGGCCAUGGUUAGUCUCAGUCUAUUCCUACUCCAAUCUAAAACUAGGAUUCCGAUGCGGAGCUACACUCAUCUCCAAUAAAUUAGUUGUAACGGCUGCUCAUUGUUUCUUCGAUGUCAACAACCGACAAGUAAAGUCAGAUGAUGUCCUCAUUAUACUAGGACAGUACAACCUUAAAAGGCCCCAAGAUAAAGUAACAAAGAUCGUGUACCCACAGAGUGUAAAUAUUCAUCCAGACUAUCAGAAGCUCAACAAAAUUGAUUCAGACAUUGCAAUUGUUGUUAUUCCUGAGCGCGUUCGUUUUACAACGUACAUCAGGCCUGCUUGUCUCUGGAAGGGUCCUGAAACGAAAACUAGUCUUGUUGGGAAGACGGGAUUCAUUGCCGGGUGGGGUCGUGAUGAAAAUGGAAACUUCUUCACGGUACUUCCGAAACAAAGUAAGAUUCCUGUGGUUUCAGACGAAACCUGCUUGCGCUCCAAUGAAGCUUUUGUCAAAAUUACUUCGGAGGUGACUUUCUGUGCAGGAUGGCGCAAUGGGACUGAAGGUCCUUGCAAUGGUGACUCAGGAGGGCCAUUUGUUUUUGAAAAAGAUGGUCGUUGGACUCUCAGAGGUGUUGUUUCAACAUCCUUACUCACUGAUGGCGGUAAUACCUGCAAUUUGAAUGAAUACGUCGUCUUCACGGAUGUGUCACAAUUUACAGACUGGAUUACUUCUUUUGAUACAGAUUAUACAUAUUAAAUGAUAUUAAAUAGCUAUUUCGAAU